UUCCAAGCAGGGAGCUCGCGUAGUGAUAAGCUGCAAUUUUCUGAUCACCAAGAAAGAUCGAGUUUUGGAUAGUCAGUGUAUACAGCAAUAAUACAUACAUUUGCUUCGUUCUACAUCUUUCUUCCUUCCAUCGCACUCACGCCAAACCAAGAUCCUGAAAGCAAAUCAAUCAGCAAACCAUCACUCACCGACUCACAAGCGACCCAAACACAACUCACUUUCUCAAUCAUCCUCUGAGCAAUCGGAUGGAAACUCUCUUUCGCACUCUUAUACGUACUCACAGCCAACACUUUAUCCACUCUAUUCACCGCCCUGAAGAUCGGCCUGCAGAACUUCAUCCUACCCUUCAAAAUACCAGUUCCAUCGUCUCCGACAACCCAUUUCGCCGCAACUGGGGCGAAUCGCUUGGCGGCGUCGGAUGGAGAGUCCUUGAGUGCAAGUUCGUAGAAGCGGAGACGGAUCUCGGCGUUGGGAGUGUUGGAGACGUGGUAGAGCUCCCCGAGGUGGUCGAUGUGCGAGGAUGGGAGGGCAUCGUAGUUGCCUUCAAGGCGUUCUAGGAAAACGACUGAGAGGGAAAAAAAAAAAGUUGAAGGACUCGACGUCACUCUCCUUGAAUUCUGACAAGUCGGAAGUAGAACGAGCGGCAUCCCAUCGUUCAGCAAGAGCAUAGGCCUGUUUAGCCAAUGUAGUGUCAUAUUCAAUCUUGACCGGCAGUUCCAAUCCUUCGCCAAAGAACCAUGCCUGUAUUUAAACCAUCCCAAUAAACAUUCUGGGCGGAAAAUAACGCGCGUGGAGAAAUCAC